UAUUCCGGUCAAAACGUAGAGUGUUGUAGGUCGUAGAGGGUGUUUCUGCGUAAUAAUAAAGCAUUUUACGUGUCUAAAAUUAAUAUUUUAGGCAAUAUUUCGUUUCUAAAGAGAAGAAUAUUCAUUUCAGAGGUAUACCAAAGGAUUAACAAAAUAAAGAUUAUUCAGAAGGCCUAACUAUGGCAGGCCGAAGUGGACCACAGAGGCCCAAUGGAGCCACACAAGGCAAAAUUUGUCAGUUUAAACUUGUUUUGUUGGGAGAAUCAGCUGUUGGAAAGUCAAGUUUAGUUUUACGAUUUGUUAAAGGACAGUUCCAUGAAUAUCAGGAAAGCACAAUAGGAGCUGCAUUUUUAACACAGACAGUGUGUUUAGAUGACACAACAGUGAAAUUUGAGAUCUGGGACACUGCAGGUCAGGAACGAUACCACAGUUUAGCUCCCAUGUACUACAGGGGGGCACAGGCUGCUAUCGUCGUGUACGAUAUUACAAAUCAGGAUACAUUUGGUCGGGCUAAGAACUGGGUCAAAGAACUUCAGAGACAGGCUAGUCCUAAUAUUGUGAUUGCUUUGGCAGGGAACAAAUCAGACUUGGCACAAAAGAGAAUGGUUGAAUAUGAGGAAGCCCAGGCAUAUGCAGAGGAGAACAGUUUAUUAUUUAUGGAAACAUCAGCUAAAACAGCCAUGAAUGUCAACGAUAUAUUUUUGGCAAUAGCUAAGAAACUGCCCAAGAAUGAAGGUGGAGGACCAACACCCUCACGACAAGGGGGCGUACAUGUAAACAGCCAACAAACACAGCAAUCAGAGGGAGGAUGCUGCAAGUAGUAACAAGACAAAUGAUUGGUGAACAGGACUUAUGUGAUCAAGAUUGAUCCAAUCACAAACUUUUUCUUAUUGUGAGCAGUUUUAAAGGAUAAAGAUCAGACUCAUGUUUUCCCUUUUAAAAAACCCUUGGGAAAUCUUUGGAAUUACAAAACAAAAACAAGGUGUGGUUCACAAACUGAAUAAUCUUUGAACUUUGUGUUGUUUCUAAUGAAGAAAAUGUAAACUUGACACAUGAAUUAGGAUAUACACAAAAACUAACUAGAUAAUUUCUUUUAUCAGAUUGCUUUGAACCAUUUUUACAUCUUUCCAAUUACCUUGAAUGUUAAAGUGGCGAUAAACAGAAGCAUAAUUUUCUUUUGCAUUAGGUUUGGAUCCAUAUUUUUUUUUUUUAUGAAAUGUUUUUCUAUCAUUUAUCAGCAAAAUCAUUGCAAUUAAUAUAACCAACUAUGUAUAUGAUUUCUAUACAACUGACUGUGUAAAAGAAAUUUUGAAGAUGAAUUUGGUCUAAAAAAGAAAAAAAAUGUUCCAUUUUAAUUUCCAAUUUGUUUUACUCUCUACCAACAGAAUGUAACACACUUUGUUUUAGAGAUGCUGUUCUGUAGAAACCAUGUGUAUUUCUUUGCAAGUUUUAAGUAUGUGAAUCCAGUUGUUAUAGUCUUUCAUAGUUGUCAUGUGUUGUAGUUAUGCAUGUUUGCUUUUUAGGUCUUACACCAUGACUUCAGCCCUGUUUUUUUUUUUUCAGGAACUGUAAUUCAUCAUAAAAAAGGAUUAUUUUUUUUUUAAGAACAAAACUUUGAAAUUCCAGAUUGCAUUUUUAUUGGUUUUACAAACUGUACAAUGUAUAUUGGGUUGUGCAAAUGCACUUGCAUCGAAUGUACUUGUCAUAAAAAAAAACUGUGAAUUACAGAUUGCAUUAUAAAUGUUUAUAUUCAUUUUUGUGUAAUUGUUGAACAUGUUGAAGAGUGGUUGCUCCCUGUUGUUUUAUCUCUUAAACUAUAUAGUUUUUCCUGAGAAAAAUACUAUACAUAUCCCCUGUAGGAAUUCCAUUUCCAGAUUUCUUCAUAAUAUUAUUCCUUCUCUGUAUGCUUAAUGGAACCAUUUAUUCCUUUUAUACUUACAGUGAUAUAUGAAUUUUUAGAAAAAAAAAAUUGAACAAUAAGAGUAUUUUUGUGAAUUAGAAGAUCUUCUGUGAAUAGGACACUUACUGGGGGUAUGUAUGGAGAUUUCCUUAAGGUCAGAUGACAUGUUCUUCAAAAAUAUAUAACUUUUCUCAAUAUUUUGUGAUUGAAAUAUUGCUACUUUAAGAAGUUUCCUCAUAAAAAAUUGGGAUACAUUACCAGGCAUUUGUGCAAGAUUCCUAUAUAAUCCUAAAGUAGAAAUCACUUGAACUGCUGAUAUCACUUUUUUUUGGUCUGGAUAUUUUUCAGACAUUUUGAAAAUAGUUUAGAAAUCAAAAUAUAAUGAUAAUUAUAAAUAUUUUUGGUAUAUUACAAAGGUAUUUAAAACAGAUAUUCGAGGAAUGUGUCGCCUGACCUUAAAUACCAGAAAUAGAAUCUGUUGUUAAAGCAAAAUUCAAUGCUGCUGUUAGCAUUCUCUGUGUCAUUUUCACAAAGAUUUUGAUUGUAAAUUGUGUGAAAUAAUUUGAUGGUUUGUAUAUUUGAUUUAUGAUAGAUUUUUUUUCUUUGAUAUUUAUUGACAAACUGCAGUAAAAUUUCUUGAAAUAGAUAACAGAAAAUGCAGUCUACAAAGAUGUAUACUGGUGUGAAAGUCAAAAUAGCUAAUGCUGCACAUACAAAAGUAUCUCUGUUUUUGGUCACAUUUUAAUAGCUUGCAGUUCAUUGCCUUGCUAUCAUAAAACAAAGUAACCAACUUAACAGUCUAUCAGUCAUUGAGGUAAAUAGCCUUGUUAUUACAGUGGAUCUGUCUAGGAAUUCCCUUGUCACAAGGGAGCAUACUGCGAGAAGUCUUUCCUGCUCGUGCAAUGUGAAUAGAUGGAAAGAGAGAGUGAACAAUUGUUGCCCUUCUGUGUAUUUAAUUUUGGUGUACAGAUUUUACCUGUAAAUCUUAAAUAUCAUUCAGUUUGCUGACAAAAUGCAUGCAUUUUCCAGCUUUCUUUCAAGCAGGAAUGUGCUUUCAUGCCUUCAUUGUACCUAUACACGUACCGAUGUUCCAGAUAUUUUACAAUUUUCUGAUUGAGAGAAGUUUACUUGAUAAAAAUUUAAGUUGAUAGUUUUGGAACAUCCAUUAGCUUCUACAAAAUGUAGGCUAUCUGUGUACACAGUAAAUGGCAGGAGGUGUGUGGGUAGUUUCUCUGAUUUGCAGUGUACUUUGUAGGUAAACUGAAUGUGUCAUCUGUGUAUACUGUACAGCUCAGUACUAAGAUUAUUAUUAUACAGAAUGUAUAAAUUAUAUUGUACAUUUUACACGUAAUGUGACAAAUAAAGAGGCCUAGUGGCAUCUUAAUAACACAAAA